GGCUUGCCGGAUUUCAUGCUUUCCACUUCUGGCGAGUGACAGUUACAAGGCGGCACUGGGACCGGAGGAGGCUACACCUGGGUAAACUGUGUUUUGGAACACAGGUGCAAGAAGGAUAACAAAUAGCCAUAGGCGAGAACUCCAACUUUGUUGUGACCGACAACAGCAGUUAAUUUUCCAAACAGCCUUUGCAGCUGUCAACGAAGGAAAACAACCCGAAUCAGCAACCAGCAACCGGCAUCUUCUGAGAUCACGAGCAUACUAGUAUGGGGAUUUGCGGGUCGAAAGAAAACUCUGCUCCAGUUGAGAGGAAGAGCCAGCCCGUGGCAGCCGUCCGCAAAAACACGUCUGGCGACACGACCGACACGAGCGGGAAAGGAACGACUCGUGAUGUUGUGAGCUCGUCGGCAGGAAGUCAGGAGCAGACAGGGAUAGCUGCUGCUGCGACGCCGGCUGGGAAAUCUGACGCCCACACGAAUUCACAAGUACCGGCCCCAACGACGCCAACACCAACGCCAACACAAGCACAAACACAAACUCCGGCAGCAACCACCACACCUCAAACACAGCCACAUACACAAACCCCGGCACAAGGACUACCACAGCAACGUCAGCCCUCCAACUCCUCGUCGAAACUUAAAUCGAAACAGACUCUUCAAACGGUGAACGAGAAUGUGGAGUCCAAAAAUACGAAAUGCUUGACGAAGCCAAAGACACAGGCAAAGGUGCUCCUUUUGGGUGCCGGAGAGUCUGGUAAGUCGACCAUCUUGAAGCAGAUCAAGAUAAUUCACCAGAAUGGCUUCACCGAGAGUGAAAAGCUUGUGUACAAGCCGUUCGUAUUCCAGAACAUCUGCGAGGCUGCCAAAUGCAUUGCCAACGCUUUGAAGGAGUACGACUUGAUUUCCGAACUCGUGAACGUCACAAGCGACGACCUCGAAUUCAUCGUCAACUACGAGGUGCCGUUUGAGGCAGACAACACCGAGCCUCUCAACCCGCGGGUGGCGGACAUUAUCGACCAGCUGACAGCUGACCCGACGGUGACGGAGCUGUUCAAAAACCCAGACUACGACUUCUACAUCCUUGACUCGGCCGGCUACUUUUUCGAAAACUUGGAGCGGAUACGCCAGGCCGACUACCUUCCGAGCGUGACUGACAUCUUGCGUACGAGAAAACAAACGUCCGGUAUCUUCGACACGAAGUUCCAAAUGGAGGAUUUGGACAUCCACUUGUACGAUGUCGGUGGCCAGCGCUCAGAGAGAAAGAAAUGGAUUCAUUGUUUUGACAAUGUCACUGCAAUCAUUUUCUGCGUUGCUCUGAGUGAGUACGACCAGACGUUGCUUGAGUCGCCUACGAAGAACCGCCUCGAGGAGUCGCUGAACCUCUUUGAGUCCGUCGUGAACUCCAUGUGGUUCCGCAGAACCGCAGUAAUUCUCUGCUUGAACAAGAUCGACGUCUUCAUCGAGAAGCUUCCGCACUCGCCGAUGGAAAAGUACUUCCCCGACUACGUCGGCGGUGCCAACGUCAACAAGGCGGUGAAGUACAUCCUUUGGCGCUUCAAGCAGCUCAACCGGGCCAACUUGAACUUGGUGCCUUAUGUCACGCAGGCCACGGACACCAACAACAUCAAGCUCGCCUUCGCCAUCGUCAGAGAAACGAUCCUCCACAACAACCUUCUUGACAGCGGCAUAAUUACCUCUUGAGCGCCUCUUCUCCGUGCAACUACAAAAUAAUCAAAGAACUAAGUAACUCUUUCACCCUCUAUAGCCAACACCAUCGUUUUCCUGUACCUCCGCAGCAGCCACGUUUGUUUUUCGAUCCAUUCGAGCCUCCUCGAUCAUCUCCCG